AUGGAGGCGGUGAAGUUGGUGAAGUCGGUGCUGCUGCUGGUGGUGUUCGUGCAGGUGGUCGGGGCUCUGGGGUCUCCGGUGUCCGGGGAGGAGGAGGACGGGGACGCGUGGCGGGUGGCGGAGAGACGCGCGGAUCACGACGUGGAUCGCAGCGUGGACUUUCGUUUGCCGCUAGAGAGAGGAAUCACCAUCCGGCUGGCAGAUCUCAUCAAGCGCUCCAAAGCACAGCAGUUCCACGGCCUGAUGGGAAGAAGCUCGGGUGCGUCUCGACCCGUCAGACUGGGCAGGAAAAGGAAUAAAGGGGAGAUGUUUGUUGGACUCAUGGGCAGAAGGAGUUUAGGAGAAGACACGCAGGAGGAGUGGCAGUCUUACUGA